GAGAGGCAACCGUCUCCCGUUUUGUUACACGAGGAGUCGCUCGGAGCCUCCGCUGACAGACCGCAGACCUGCCGCCUCACCGACUGCGACACCUGAACGAUCAGCGAACAGCACCGACACCAAACCAAUGAAAGAGAGCCCGCUGAAGACGAGGAGGAGGACCGGAGGCUUUUCUACAACAUAAAGAAGAGAAAAGAAGCGGAGGAGGAGGAGGAGGAGAAGCGGCACCAGGCGGCAGGCAGACCGGCUCGCCGGGACAAGCAGCCCGGCUUACAGAGGGGUAGAAAUCACCGCCACGACCGUCACAUCACAUCCCAGCUCCGAGAUGACAAAGUCCCAGUGAAGCAGAGAGAGAUGUCGCAGAAGAAGAUAUUCCUGGUCUUCGUUGCCAUCAGUACUGUCAGUCUUCUGCUGCACCAUGGGGGCCACUUCAGCUGGACCAUGGAGGCCUUCCACCUCGGUUGCCCUGCUCUCCGCUCUCAUCCUGCCCCCGGCCUGAAACCCAAACACACCAACGUGGUCUUCCUCAAGACCCACAAAACUGCCAGCACCACAAUGCAGAACCUGCUGUUCCGCUUUGCAGAGCGCAACAAUCUGACAGUGGCGUUGCCCGUACAGACCUGCGGUCACCAGUUCUGCUACCCACGGUCCUUCACCUCUCACUUCGUCCAUCCACACACGCUACCACCAAACAUCAUCACCAGCCACAUGCGCUUCAGUAAGGCCGAGCUGCAACGCCUGAUGCCAAACGAUACGAUAUAUGUAACAAUCCUGAGAGAGCCCGGCUCUAUGUUUGAAUCUUUGUUUAGUUACUACAAUCAGUACUGUCAAAGCUUCAAGAGGGUCCCUAAUGGCAGCCUGGAAGCUUUCUUGGAGGAGCCCUGGCGUUACUACAGACCAGAUGAGAAGGACUCCAUGUAUGCACGCAACACCUUGACCUUUGACUUGGGAGGCGACAAAGAUCGCCCAGCCAAAGAUGUGGCGUACGCACAAGCUUUUGUGGCAGAGGUGGAUCGAGUGUUCUCAUUGGUGAUGAUUGCUGAGUAUUUUGAUGAAUCACUGGUUCUUCUCCGCCAUCUCCUCUCCUGGGAUCUGGAUGACAUUCUAUAUGUUAAGCUCAACAUGCGGACACCAAGUUCCAAGCGAAGCCUCACUCCUGGUCUCCCUGCAAAGAUCCGUGCCUGGAAUUCAUUAGAUGCACGCCUCUAUGACCACUUUAAUGCCUCAUUGUGGCGACAACUGUCAGUCCUGGGUCCAGCCUGUGUGGCAAGGGAGGUGCGGCUCCUUCGGCGGGCCCAGGAGAAGCUGAUGAGAAGUUGUUUUGGUGGGCGGAUGCCACUUCUCCGUUCAGCUGCCCAGAUCAAAAACAAGGAUCUCCGCCCCUGGCAGCCCAGUGGAAAAGUUGACAUAGUGGGCUAUGACCUCCCAGUAAAUCUCAGCCGUGGGUUCUCGACCCAGUUCCAGGAGCUCUGCCUGAAGCUCAUCAUGCCAGAAGUCCAGUACACACGGGUGCUCCUGCGUUCCCAGUCACUGCGCUAUCGUCGAGUUUAUCAGCUUCGGCCUCCGCAGCAGUCGCAUCCCCUCCAGCAGCCCAUACGCACAGUCCUGCCUCGGCAUCCUCAAGUCCACCGCAGUCAACCACCACCUCCUGCUGCUCUAGGCCCUGCCUCAGGAACAAGGUCCACCUCCACCUCAAAGCCUGCUGCAGGAACUCAAGGUCGGACCACAAAGUUAGGACCUAAACCCUCACAGACCCAGGCUUCAUAGACUGGAAAACAGAGACUUGAAUUAAUCCGAGUGCCCAAAACACUGCAUUGUUCCACUCAUCAUGACCCGUGACACAAUGAUGCUUGUUUGGUAACAAAGGCAUCCUUCGGAAAAUGUAUGGGUUGUUCUUGUGUCAGUGUCUCUCCUGUUCUUUCCAGACAGUGUUUGGGCUAAAAAUAAAUGAGGAAGAGGGUUAGACAUAUCUGGACUCGAACUUGAAAUUCUCCCAUCUCUGGUCUGUGAAACAGUACCAUGGUUGGGAGACACAAAGGCGGGAGACACCCUGGGACUGAGACUAAACUGGGACUUGCUUCAACUGCAGUGGAUGGAUGAGGGUUUUAGGUAAAAGUGGCUCUUUGAAGCAAAUCUGUUAUGUGCAACAGGGACUCAAUAGGGAAGUGGCGAUAUCAGGCCUAUUGUGAGGCACAGACUGUGCUUUGUGUGUAUCACACUGGUAUAGUAUCAUCUUACUUGCUUUUAUUCUCCGUUUCUCAAGCUCUCUUUCGCUCUCUCUCCCUAACAUAUGCCACUACUUGAGAGAGACAUAACGAUAUAAAGGGAUCGGCUGUCAGCCUUCCAAAGAGCCUCCUAAGAGGCCAGACAGACCAUUAAUACAACAGCACAAAAACAAAUCUUCUUCUCUUACAAACUCUAGGACCUAAAGCAACAGAGGGAGAGAGGGAAAAAGCCAGUCAGACAGAGAAAGUGAGAGAUCUUACCCAGAAAGCAAGCCUAAAAACUGCUGGAAUUCUCCAUUUUGCCACCCAUUAUUGCUGUGACUCACACAGAGACCACACAUGCAUAUAAAUUCUGUGUCUCUUAAACCUUGCUUCCUUCUGGUAUCCUUCUCUCCAUCGUCCACUUUCAUCCCUGCCGUUACCUUCUGGCCAGGCUCUCCAUCAAGAGUGAAGCACUAACAUCUUGCUUUGCUUCACCUCAGUCUCCCUCAGACCACCAGCUGACAUUGCCUCGAGCAUUGUAGAGACUGUUUGUUCGUUUAGGGGGUUGUAUUUUUAAGCUUGGGCGUUAUUGCAAUAAGAUCUCCAGGCCUACAUCCUAUAUGAAAGGCGUGGAUUUAAUAACCUACCAGCAACCCCAUACCACACACACAAUGGCACAAACAAAAACAUAAAACAACUUGACAGGACAAAGACUUGAAGCCUGUGGGUUGCAGCGUUUGAAUAUUUAAUCGUCUCCUCUCGCAGCCUUCCUAUGGCCCGCACUCUAGGGUUACAUGGCUGUACAUUUUCAUUAAGGACAUGCUUGACCAGGUGAAAGCUGCUCAUUUUGAACACUGAAGCACAAGAGGACCAAGUGCGAGCGUUGACACAAGAUGCUUAAAGCCUUCUAAGGCUGGAAGGCCGGCUGGGAACCUAAAUGUCAAUACUUAUCUCAGCCGUGCUCCAUUUUUAAUGCAUUCUGCUCAUAUUUAAUGUGUCGUUUAUGUUCUUUUAUUCCUCCAGCGAUCAACGGGGUACUGACAAGCAACUGGAGGGCAGAGGAAUGAUGUCUGUGUGCAUUUGUGAGACUGUAUGAGAGUAUGUGUGUGAGCCAGGAAGUGGCUCUCUCUGCUUGUACUUUUAUCCAUGGCCAGCCACGUUGGCAUGGCAACAAAAGGAAAUAUUGAGUGUGAGAUUUAUUAAGACAAUGUAUUAUUUAUUAUUGGGAUUUUAAGAGUCCCAUUACUGUAUUUUAACCAUUAUUUUUCAUGAAUCACUGGACAAAAAUUGUAUAUCUAUGAAGUUACUAAACGAUCAUAUGGGCAGCAUACCACUUUAGGCAGCACAGAUGGAACAAGGCAUGUGGCAACGGUAUAAAAUAUUUAUUCUUUACAUGUUUUACAUAAUGCAAAACUGCAAAGACCACUUCUCAAAACCGCACAUUAAAACAAGUGUAGUCGCUUUAAAAUUAAUCUUUCAUUCAGCAGUGCUGAAAUGCUCAACCACACUAUGCUUUUGUGGUUGGAGUCUGUCACACUGCAGGUUACAGUAAUAAAAAAAACCCAAAACAUGCAAACUGCUGUUGUUCUGUCUGGAAUUAAAAGUAGAGCAGUUUGGAAACAGACAUGAGGAGAGGAUACACAGUUUUUUUUGAAGUGGCUGUGAAUUUCAGAAUUCAAAGUGUGCUUAUCUGAACAUACCGGGGAACCUCAGCCUUUAAAGCAUGAGAUGCACAGCAAUUCUUAUUUAUUUACAGACAUUUGAAAUAUGUUCAGAUAUGUGUAAUAUUACUUAAAGGUAUACACACUGUAAAAAUGGGUUAAAGUGGAUAAGACGGAGGCUUUUGUAUAUUUCUUUUAUUGUUAACUAAUCCCAUGAAAAGACCAAAACCAACAACAUGUAAAUCCCUCCAACUUUGUUGUUCCUGUCUGUGGCACUCAGUGCAUUGGUUACUACUGAAGAUUUAAAUCCCAAAACAGCUCACACAUAUAGCUGUGCAGCAGUGCGAGGUAAUGAAUUUCCAAUAUUUUAUGGACAACAACAGAGCUCUACGGCACAGACGGAUAAACACAUAUAAGACUGAGACUACACAGAUGUGACAUUGUAGGAUCAAUUUAUUGUUGGUUUUGGUCUUUUUGUGGGAUUUGUUGAGAGUAAAAGAAAUAUAGAAUAUCACCAGCCUCAUCCUUCAAAGCAGCUAGCAGAUUUAAAGGGUUCUCAGCUAUAUUUUAAUUAUUUUUCAUUCCGCUGUUGUGUAUAAAAAUAAAAACCAGUUGGUUCUGAAAGAAAUUAUGAACCGAUUUAAAAUAAUAGAAAAACACUGAAUAUGUGUCUGUCAGAAACCAAUUAACCAUUUCUAGAGACCCAGAGUGUUCAAUAAAUAAUCAUGUGCAUUGAAACAAACUGAAUAUACAAUAUGAAUGCUUUAACAAUAACAGUGAGUUUUUUUUUUUUUUUUUAAUUCAAACCAACUUUUUACAUCACAAUACCAUUUCACUUCAUGAUGACAAAUGUAAAAUGGCAAAUGUAUCUGGCUGUUGUGUGGGUGAUUGUGAGUUCUGGAAAAGGGACAUGUUGGAAUAAAAAAUGUUGGAAUGAAGUUAAAAUAACUGCCAAAAACUGGAUUAUUUCACUAAUUCUUGGUUAUGUUACAGGCUUUUCUUAUAUGACCAUUUUUUCUGCAAGUAACUGACAUUUUGAAGACUAUGGGUCUCCAUACCUCCAAAGAUUUCCACAAAAAAUUGAAGUUCAGGUGCUGUCAGUCAUUGCAUAAAGGGUAUAAUAAACUCCAAUGCGUACCUGUAUUAAAUCCAACUUUCUGAUAUCGUUGAAUUUUUCAUUUUGAGCAAAAUAAAGGUAAAGAAAAAAUAUAAUUAAACUAGGUUUUAACAACUACUUUUCCUCCGAUGUCUGUGUCUGAGUGGGAUCCAGACAGAGAAUAUGUCUGUUUCAUUUCAAAUGUUCAUUUCUGAUCCAUUUCUGCCUGGCUGUGAGUCGCUGUAAGUGCUCUUCUGAUUGUACCACUCAUUCACCCGGCUGUUCUACUUCUUGUGAGAGUGUUUCAGUAAUGGUCAUGCUGUCAUGUCUAAAGUGUCGGCUAUUCUUCUGAAAAUGCCGGAGGGGCUUUAAAAGCGUUACACUAAAAUCUCAUCAUCUUUGCAUUAGCUGCUGUUUAUUCUCUUGUUGGAGUGACAUGCAAAGCUGCUGCUGUUGAUUUCAUUUUGUUUUUUGUUUGUUUUGCUACAAUAAGAAUCUCUUGUGGUGUCAGAGCCUUUUUGGGCUCUCUGAUGAGCCUUCACAUCACAGAAAAAUGGAAAUGGUUUAUUGGUACUGGGUAAAAUAGCACUCAAUCAUUCUCUGACCUGCUGUCCUUCAUUGUUUCUUUGAUAUGCUCAUCAUUUACUUCCAUUUUCUGUUUAUGGACUUUGUGAAAUGGGAAGAAUGAGAACUUUUUUUCAUUUUUCUGAACGAGUGGAAGAGUUUGGGUGAUGGAGCUCUGAACAAAUGGCUAGCGACAAUCAGAGCUAGGGGCCCCAAAGCUUUGUAAUUACUGAUGGUAAACGUGAUGAAUAAAGUGUGAAUGAUUUCACUUCA